UUGCGCUGUCAUGCACCUGAGGGCGGCGUGAUGGUUGAUGGCGAUCUGAUUAUCCUCAACUUACGACGUGCACCCAUGUCCGCCUCCCCACCUAUUGAUCCAGUUCUUUUGGCAUCUGGAGGUGCUCCAGAACCGCCCUCAGAGCCUGAGGUAGUCCCCGACAUCACCCGUGCUCGCUCCAUCUCCUCAGACUAUUCAAGUGUCGCUGCCGCCGUGGCCACUGAAGACGACGGCGACUCUUCGGCGGACUCCCGGCCUGGCUCACCUCGCAUGACCGGCCAGUUCCAAAUAAUUCGCGAAAACGAGACGGUUACCUGUUUAUGGAACAAUUGCGGGAUGCUUUUUGACACAUUGUCCACGCUUAUUGCACACAUCCACUCCAUCCAUAUCGGUAUGAACAAGCACAAGUAUACCUCUCACAUUCGGAAGCACACAGGCGAGAGACCAUUCAUGUGCACGCAUCCAGGUGAAUGUUCACGCCAUGACUCUGCAUAUGCCCUGUCUCACCUACGGAAAGAAUGCGAUAGCUCCUUCACUCGCUCUGACGCGCUAGCCAAGCACAUGCGCCAGCAACACGAUAUCUCGCCACCCCCUGCAGGGCAAAACCGUCCCCGGCCACGAAAACGAAAACGGGGUGCUGCAGACGACGAGGAAACCCAAAAUGAGACCCCACCUCCUGGGACACCUAUUCCUCAAGGAGAACCGAUCGUUCCAACGCCCGACGACAUUGAUACCCCGCCAGUGCUGACUCGCGAAUCGAGUGCCCCUAGGCCUACUACUCCACUGCCUCGGGUUACUUCGCUCGAAGCGCUGAGGACUGAUCUGCUAGCAGGGUCGCCUGGUCUACCUCACCCUCCAUCAUGGAUGUCCUCGACAGUGUUAGAGGACGAUGAUGUGGAUAUCACCUCUGGGGAGAACCUUCCACCCUUGUUGCGCUCGCGAUAUCUUCCUAGCGUCGACCUAGUGCUAGGUUGCUCGCCUGCAAAAGCGAUGUAUCUUAUCAUGAAAGCAAAGCAUCAAUAUGCUAUGGAACAACGUGCACUGCUCGAGAAUGAACUGCAGAUGGCCAAGUCUGAACUCUCGCGACUGAGAGCAAGGAAGGAUCAAGCACUGGAUGGUCUGUUGAACGGGUUUUUCGGCGCAUCUGCAAACCAUCUCAUUGCUGAAGUACCCAUCCCACCGAGUAUGCUCAUGGCCCCUCGAACCCCAAUCAAUAUCACAAACAAUUCCACGGCGAAUAUGAACGCUUCGCAUAUGUCGUCCCAAGCUGCUGGCACUCAUCGACGGCAGAUCAGACACGACUCGCGCACUCCACAGCAGGAACCUCCAGCCACAUAG